GAAAAACGAGCAGUGGUUUUUGUUUUGACCUCUUUCCACUCCCUGACCCCCCCCCCAACACACAAACCAUCCAAAAUAUUUCUUUUCCAGUGAGUGAAUAGUCAGAAUCCUGCUCUCUCUCACCUGGUCAGGAAGCCGACACCAUUUCCACGCUUUCCUGAAGCCCCAGCUGCCACUUAUGUAUGUUUAAAAAGAAACAGCGACAACAGAGAGAGGCGGCUGUGAGAGGAAGGCGCCUCCACUGGCGGAGGGAAAGGAGGAAGGCGGUUGUCGUUGGGGGGGUGGGGGGAGAAAAACAGGAGACGGUUGGUGAUGGUGGUGGAAGAACAAACACGCACUUGGCGGGGACAAAGGACUGCGCCCGCUCGCGUUUCUGACAGGAAGCCGACCAUCGGGCUGUACCCAGCCGAUACCAGCAAAACCCCCACUUUCCCCCCGUCACACACCAACCCGGUUGCCGCGGGCAGGGCUCAGCAACGGCCGGCGUCCCACCGCCCCCUUUCUUUUAACCUCCCCUCCCCCCAACCUCCCGCCUUCACCAUCUCCGGGCACAAUAGCGAGCAAAAUGGCGGCCGUGCCUGGAUGGAUGGAGGACGAGCGCUGACAAUAAAAACCCGGCCCGCCGCUCCUCCGCGCACUCCCUUGUGCCAAAAUAAAAGAAACAGGACUCUUAUUUUUCAAGCCUUCAAUCACAAGGAAACAUAUAUCAUGGGCUUAAAUGAUGCAGAUAUGGAUGAGGAGAGUAAGGAGAUUAGCAAAAUUGGAGGCUCUGAAUCUAAACUGAGUAAUACGGAUAAUGGGAAGACCCAUAUUAAUUCUCUUGGUGCUAAAGGAGAAUUUGAAGAUGAGAAAAAGAUCUUAUCAACCACUGUUAUUACUAGUAUACCUCAAACCUUAACAGAGAAUCAAAUGUCAGUUCCAAAAAGCAAUACUUUAAGCUUGUCUAAACAUCUGUCCAGGGAUAGUCCUGUAAAAGCCUUAAGUGGAGCCCAGCAGACUGCAUUUAUACAAAGCGGUGCUCCCACUGUUACAAAUGCAAAACUUAACUUGCCUAUAGGAACUGCUGUGAGUGACCCAGUUUUACAACUCUCUACAACUAAAGCUUCCAUUGCAAAACAGCCUGAUGUUUCUUUAAGUAUUUCUCAAUCCCUGUGCCAGUCAGUUGCGGCUUCUAGCUCACCAUCUCACUUUGUUCAAUCCGUUCAGGUUCCAAAAUUGUCUGGUACUUCAAAUAAAGUUCAGACAGUAGCACCAGCCCCAGUCCUGUUACUGGUUCCCAAUUUAGUGCCUUUCCAGGGCCAAGUUAAUACACAGGCUAAAAUGCUGAGUUCUUUGCCAAUAGUGGAUCAUAAAUCUAUAGGCCAGUCAAAUGGUGCUUCUACAAGCAAGCUGCUGUAUUGUGCAGAAAAUGAAAAUACAAAAGAUAAUAGAGGACAAAUAAAGGGAAAAAAAAGUUUAAGUUCUUCUGAAGUUCAUGGAGGUGAAUCAGAAACUUUAAAUGAUGGCUUAAACUGGGACCCUGAAAAAGAAUUCAUGCAGUUUUUGCUAACAAAAGAAAAAGAUGAUGAUCGGAUUGUUCAAAUAGAUAGAAGUUCUGAAGUCCAACCAAAUUUGCCCUAUGGAAGAAAAAGAAAACGAAAAAUGGACAUUGUUCAGAUGGUAGAUUUCUCUGAAUUAGAAAAUGCAGAUGUACAUGUAACACAUAAAAAUUCUGCUGGUGCUGUAGAGGGGACGGAAAACACUAAAGUUUCCGUUGUCAAACCAAAAUACUUGCCUGCAAAGAAGAACCUUGUUGGCGAGACAGGAUCAAAUCUUCCCAAAGAAACUGUAGAAGCAAUUAAACAGUUGAUCUUUAGUGAUUACAAGCUUCCAGUCAAAAAUUUAGAAACCGCUCGAACAAGUGCACCUACGACUACUUAUGCCGAAGAAGCUUCACCAUUUGUUUCAACAGUUUUUCCACCAGGCAGUGCAAUACAGAUAGAUGACAUACAAACUGGAUCUGAAUCACCGUCAGAUGAUGACACUGAGGCAGAACCAUCAUUUUACCCCUGCACAAAAUGCAAUGUGAAUUUUAGAGAGAAAAAACAUUUGCAGAGGCACAUGAUUUAUCAUUUAGAAGGACACAGUAAAACAAAUCUGCCAAGACCAUAUAUUUGUAAAGAAUGUGGAAUUGCAUUUCGUGACCGUGCCCCCCUCCAAAAGCACAGGAGUCUUCAUCAAGAAAAAAGGGAGAGGUUAAUGGAGGAGAUCCGUGAGCUCCGCACAUUUCAGGAUGAAGGUCGGAAUGCAAAAUUGCAGUGUCCACAGUGUAUAUUUGGAACAAACUGUCCUAAAACAUUUGUGCAGCAUGCUAAAACACAUGAAAAGGACAAAAGGUACUAUUGCUGUGAUAAGUGCAACUUCAUGGCAGCAUCAAUGGAUGAACUUGAAGGUCAUCAGAUUUAUAUUCAUGAUGCAGUCAUGAACAAGUCCAGUCAAAAACCUUUGAAAGGUGUAUCAUUAGAAAAUUUAUUAAAUCACUGUAAGUCAGGAGGUGUAUAUGUGUGCAGCAAAUGUCCUUUUACCACACCAGCUCGGAGUAUUUUCAAAAAGCACGUAAAAUACCUGCAUCAGCGACUUUACCACGUUCAGCAUAAAAGUGAACAUGGAGCAAAGGUACCUGGCUUCAGCUCACAACCAUUUGAUUUGGUGAGGAGCAAUAAGGCUAUAUCACAACAGUCUGAUUACCUAAGCGAAUUUGUCAUGAAACAAAAUAUAAAAAGGGAUUUUGAAGCACCCGAUGCAUUAGGGAAUUCCUCUGCAUUAUACAGCAAAGUCUGUGAUUUUGCUGGUACGCAGAAGCCAUGCUAUAUAACCACAAAAGAGAUGCAUCACUCAUCUGAUUCUGUGCUAGAUUAUAGUAAAUCUUCAACAAAGAUUGUGACAGGAUUGAGUACUGGUAACGAAAAGAGUAGCUUUCUACAGCAAGAGCGUGCCAGAAAGCAGGAAGAAAUUGAUGUCAAAAGGAACAAUGGAGCCCUGUCAUUGAAGGAUCAUGUUAUUGCUGAUCAGAUAUAUGGGAAACUCAAAAAUGAUGUUGAGAUAGUAAAAGACUUGAGUCCGGCAUCUACAUUAAUAGAAACAAAGCACACAGAUGGGGAGCAUACUUUCAACUUACAGUGUAAUGAUGAAGGAAUAUCAGAAGAAACAGAUCACCUAGAUGGUGGAGCUGUUUCAGUUAGAAAUUCUGUUAAGGAUGUCAUGGUUAGUGUCUCUGUAGGAAAUGAUAUUUUGGAUCAAUAUCCAGAUGUGUUUCAUAAAGCACCUGUUGUGGUUUUAAAUAAACUUGAGCCAUGCGUAAAUGCAUUAGAAUGCGAUGGUGAAGAAAACUUACCUGAAAAUGAUAUUGUUGGAACUGGUACCUGCAUGGCUGAUCCUACAGCGGUGACUAUUGCUGAGAAUAAUUUUGAUAUUGGUGACAGACAAACUCAUUACUUCAGUACUGAAGUUCAGAUAAUUGAUGAAAAUGGCAUUGAUGAUUUUGAUACUUAUGAGAGUGAUGACGAUGAUGAUUUUGAUGAUUUUGAUACUAACAUUCACGAUUAUGGCAGCAAUGACUACGGUAACCAAAGCCUUUACUCUGCGGAAUAUCAAGAUCCUACCCACAACCAUUUUGUUAAUGAAGAUUUUCAUUUUAACAGUGAUGCUAGGUGUGUAGAUGUUAUGGAUCCAGUUCUUUAUCAACGUGAUGCUCCACUUAAUAUAACCUACAAUUGGACUGAUUUUCAUACUGAGAAACGACCAUGCCCCUACUGUCCAGCUGUAUUUGACACUGGUGUAGGCUUGUCAAAUCAUGUGCGAGGACAUCUUUAUAGAGUUGGCUUAACUUAUGAUGCUCGGCAUCUGGUUCCACCAGAGCAGAUAGCAUCCAGUGAUAAGAGACGGCGCAUCAAAAAAAGUGAUGCUCCUGUUAGGAGAAUAAAGAAAGAAGUAAAAUCUGGUUCGUCAACUGAAAAUACAUGUCCUUUGUGUGGUGGUUGGUUUGAUACAAAGGUUGGGCUGUCGAAUCAUGUCCGUGGUCACUUGAAGAGGUUGGGAAAGACCGAGUUAGAAGCACACAAAUCUCCACUCAGCAUUUUGACUGAAAUGAUGCAAAAUGAAGCAGAAGCUGAAAAUAUUGCAAAAUUAUUAAGUAGUAAACAAUUUAGGUAUAAGCCCUUUGUAUCACAGAAAUUUGCAUCAAGUGAUGGCUUAUUUCUUGCUCCAAAUGGUAUAACAAUAAAACUGCAGCAAAAUGAGUUGAAGACAAAAUCCUUCCCUUCACCACAAUCAGACUUGCAUGACCUCUCAGAUCUGCAGCCAAAAAAGUUUAGUGAAACAGAAGAGCAGUCAAGUUCUCUGAUGCAGAUUCUUAAGAAUAAAUUUGGAGAGGAAACAUCAUCGUUAAUAAAAUCUCAACCAGGAAGAAUUUAUGCUCAAACUGCAAAAAAACGACUACCAAAUCACAGACGCCCUUUUCAACUACAAUUUGGCAGUUCGCUUCUGCAGCCCGGUACGUCGUCACAACCAGUGACGAGUACGGAUAUAGCUUAUCAAACAGGGCAUCCUGUGAAAUUAAGAACUUGUGUUCAUUGCCAUGCAACUUUUACAAGUGCAGUUAGCUUGGCAAACCAUCUCCGAGUCUAUGCAAGACGAAAACAAGCUGGGGAUCUGACUGGCACACCUUUUGACUGCAAGCAGAAGAGGUCUCGGUCACGGUCAGGGACCAAGAAGAAGUCUUCCCUAUUUGUUCCUUCACUUGAUGAUGCUUAUGUACUCAAAUGCAGGUUCUGUGAUCUGGUCUUCCGAGGUCCACUUUCUGUCCAAGAAGAUUGGAUCAAGCACUUGCAGAGGCAUGUUGUUAAUGCAAAUCUUCCUCGCACUGGUGCUGGAAUGGUGGAAAUCUCAUUGCCAUCAAAAGAAAAUUUCCCAGUAACUGAAUCAUCAUUUUCUCUGCUAAUGGCACAGGCAGCUUCCUAAUUUUUUUUUCUGAAUUAUGAUGAAUUAAUCUGUAAAUUAAAUGUCGUGAUUUGCCAUAAGCGCCUAGUAAAAGUACAUUCUGCCCUCCCAUUAUGAUAGAUCAAUGCAACAAUGUGAGCUAUUUUCUAACUUUGGAAUUAUUUUAAAUGGCUUCAUUUCCUGAAAAACCUCAAAUAAUUAUGCAUUUAUUUGGAAAUGUAAAUCAAUAAAUAGAUCACCAGCAGUCAAUCAGCUUUAGAAAUUCUGUUUAAAUUUAUCACAAUUUUGUCAAAGUUGUAGAUACAAUGAAGAACAUAUUUUACACUUGCUAAGAAUUUGCAUAUAUAGCAAGUCAGAUAUUUCCCUAAUCGUUUCAGAAAAAUAGUCCUUUUGCCUGAGGAACCUUAUGGCAGCAGGAAAUGAAGCAUACAAUUUCAUUGACACAUUUACAAACACUAUUCUAACUUCCAAUUCUGUAAGGAAGCAACAUUCUUGUUUAGCAUUGUGUACAUCCACUGUGGAUAGUUAUCUUUGGUUGCACAAGAAAUGAUUUGGCUGCAUAAUUUUGAAAAAAAUAUUAGUAGUCCCCAAUAUAAAUUUGCACAAGAUAUUCACUUAAUUGAAUUACAGUUUUCUACAUUAUUGUUGUACCAUUGGGAAUGAAUAAAAUGUUAAUUUAGUUGUUAAAAGUAUUUUAUUUCAUUGCUAUCCUAAUUUUUCUACCAUUGCAAACUGUUUGCAGAUAUACAUCCCUUUUUUAGCCAGGAGGGCAGAGUGGCCUAGCUGCAGUGAGUGCUGCCCUGUGAUUGGCUGCAGGAAGAACAAUUCACCUGAGGAUGUAGGACAUGGUUCAUUUUAGAAUAAUGUCUGUUAAUGAUAGGAAGAAUGAAAAUGUGCCUGUUUAAAGCAAGUAUAUUACCAAUAGGUUACUAAUGAAUUCAGACUUUUAGCAUCAUUGUACAUUGAGCAUUCAACCACUUUAACUCCCAGACCACUUGAAAAUUAUGGAAAAAUUAAAACUGAUGAUAUUGUAAAGCAUGAUGCAUAUGGAGUUUCUUCCCAUGAGAAACUAGUCUAAAAUAUAUUUAGUGCACGGUUCAAUGUUUUUUUGACAAUAAAUAGUUUUUUACUGGCCUGAAAUGUUCUAAGCGUGCUUUUUAAGUCGCAAUAUUAUUUACAUAUUUAGUUCUCAAUUUAUUUCUGAUGCUGUUUUCAUCUGUUUUGAUGACAUUGAAUCCUGUACAUGGCUACUUGCUAUUAAGCAAUUACUAGGAAUUAUAGCCCUAUAACAAUACAUUUAACAAGUUGGUAGCAAGUUUUCUAGUACCCCGCACCAUUUUUGAAUAUAAUAGUGUGUAGAUAGUUCUCCAAGUCUAGUGAUUACUGUAUUGCUGUACAUUUGGCAUUCGAAUGUUUUAGAUUUAUCAUGUUUUUAGAAACAGACCUUUAAAUAUAAAUUUUGUUCCCAGCAAAGGUCAGUAUUCACUGAGGACAUCUCAACAAAAUGUAUGUACUUGUCUUUUAUUAGUAUAGCAUGUACAGAAAUACUGGGGUGCAUUGCUAUUAAGAUGGAUAUUAUCGGAUUUUAUAUUUGUAUUUUCUAAAAUAGGCUGAAAUAGUAUUUAACCAAUUUAGUUAUUUGCAGAAAUAGGUUUACAGGUACUAAUUCAGUGUAGCUCUUAAUUUGCCGAAAGUAAUUCUUCCUGCUUAUCUUUUGUUUCUGAGCUCCCUAUUCUUCAUGAAUUGGAUAAUGUAAAUUUUUGUUUUGUACAAAUCUUAAUUGUAAAGAAAAGCAUGUUCUUUACUGCUCCAAGGUCUCCAUACAGUUACAAAUUUCCCAAAAUUUAACUGUUGUAUCCUUUAAGCAUUUUAACAAAAUUGAUGAUGCAAUACUGUAUAUGAAACAAGUACACUGGUACAUAUCAAGUGCUCAGACGUGAUUGUGCACGCUCAUAUUUGUAAGUAAACUGUGUAAACACUAUGUGAAAAUGUGCUAUUACUACAAGUCUACUUAUCUAGUGGCAGAAAUAAAAUGUACAGUCAUACAUUAA